AUGACGACCAGCAACAACAGAGCGUCAGUCUACACAACGGGCUCAGGGGAAGGCGAAGGUCGCAAUGGCGAGCAGAAGAAGGAUCUCUGGACGUCGAUGCUCGAGUCCGUCGCGAGCGGCAAGCGGCUACCGGAGAAGAACCUCAUCGUCCUAGGCGGCACUCCCGAAUAUCAGAGAGACUUUCUAGAGUCACUGUCCAGCUCCGAGUCGAGGCGCAAUUUUGACCGGCAAAAGACGCCGCCUAUCGCCAACAACUUUGCCCUGGGCUACACAUACUACGACGUGCUCGAUGCCGACCAAGACGAUACGUUGGCACGUGUCUCGCUCUACCUCCUCUCUCAACCUUCCGCCGAAUUCGCCUCCCUCGUCGCUCCCCUCCUUACCCCUGAGACGAUCCCCAACACCGCCUUAAUCAUCCUCCUCGAUUGGUCACAGCCGCACCUGUGGCUCCGGCAAAUAUGGACCUGGGUUCAAGUUAUACAAGAGGUUCUCAAGAAGGUUGAUUCGGAACAGCAUGCCUUGAUGGAGGACGUCAUGACCGCCUGGAAAGAGAGAGGUCGAGGAGGAGGAGCGACGAAUUUGGACGGAACUCCUUCGGCGACAGCCACUAGCGGUGACGGAGACAGCUCACUACCGUUGGGUCCUGGUGAAUGGGAGGAGCCUUUGGGCCUACCACUUUGCGUGGUGUGCCAAAAUUCCCAAAAGAUGGAGUUUCUGGAAAAGAGUCAGGGUUGGAAAGAACCUGAUUUCGACACGGUAUUGCAAUAUUUGCGAACAGUAUUACUUAGACACGGCGCUUCUCUCAUCUACACUUCACAAAAUACACCCUCUCAACUCCCCUCACUUGUUCACUCGACCCUUGGAAUCACCUCCCUUCUCAAGCGCCACCCACUCAAACAUAACGUUAUCGACCGUGAUAAGAUCACUGUCCCCCCCAACUGGGACUCAUGGGGCAAGAUCCGCGUCCUAGGCGGUUCUUUCGAUGCUGAGCAAAUCUCCAACUCGUGGGCUGAAGAUAUCAGCUCCCCGCUGGACCCUACACACGACCCUUCAGACCAGGGAGACUACGAGGACGACGAGGAAGAGGACGAGUACCAGAACCAGCAGCGAAAGAACAGCGCAAUCAGACAGUAUGAGGCCUGGUGCCGGGACCCCAACAGCGGCGGCCUCGCGGUCGUCGAGAAUGCCAUGCACGGCGAGAAGUGGAUCACGGUCGAGAGCGACGACACGCAGGAGUUUCUCGAGCGCCAGCUCAAGAUCCUUGAGGCCUUCAAGGCAAAGGCCCCCGAGAGGAACGACAACGCCAUCGCCCGCGCCACCCGGCACCUCGACUUUAGCGAGGAAAAGACGGUCAGCGAGCACAUUGGCCCCGUGCAGUUCAACAUGGGCGGCAUCCAGGUCGACGCCGACGAUAUGCUGCAGCGUCUCAAGGACCGCAAUGCGUACUCAUCUACGUCUGAAGCUGGAACAGAAGAGGCAGACGCACCCGCCAACAACAUGGCCAAGGACUUCGAUAACGAGCAGCUUCAGAGUUUCUUUACGGGUUUGAUGAACCGGAAGGGCACUGGGACGGACUGA